AUGUCGUCGUUGGACCCAAGUGGGUGCAAGAAAAGGAAGAGGGUGGAGAGAGUUUUUAAGUUCAAGGCGUUUGGUGAACAAGGGUAUCCGAUCGAGAGUUGUGGCACUUUCCGAGACAACGUCAAGGCUCUCUUAGAAUACGGAAAUGUCGAAAUGACGUUCGUGAAUGGAAUGACAUUUUGGUCGUUUCAGCUCGAAGUCCAUCGUCACCCUCCUUCUCAUAUCUUGCUAUUCGUUGUUGAAGAGUCAGCCGAGGCAUCAUCACUAAAUCGUCAUUGCAAGCAUUGUAUAUACGUUGGGUGGGGAGACCAUAUGAUAUGCAAUAAGAAGUACCAUUUUUUGGUGCCAUCAAAGGAUACAAUGGCAGCUUUCUUGAGCUAUGAAGGAAAUCACAGCAGCAUAGUAAUGGGUAAGUUAAAUUUUGUGGAAUUAAACGGGCAUACAAUGCAUGGUGUGUUUCACUCUAAUGGGUUUGGGCAUUUGCUGUGUGUCAAUGGGUUGGAGAUGGGUUCGGACUUGGCUGGCCACCUUAUCUUGGAAUUCUGGAGCCGUCUCUGCAUCUGCUUGCAAGCCAGGAAAGUUAGCUUGAUUGAUUUGGCAAAGCAGAAAAGCAUGGAUUUAAGGCUCCUUCAUGGUGUAGCAUAUGGGCAAUCAUGGUUCGGUCAAUGGGGUUACCAUUUUGGGCGAGGAAGCUUUGGGGUCACACAGCAAAUGUAUCAAAAAGCCCUUGAAGCCCUCCAGAACAUUCCUCUGUGCAUCCUUGCUCAUCACAUUGGCACCUCAAGUAUGGAGAUCCCAAUCUUGUUCUCUAGAUACCAAACACUUUCGAGCCGGUCUUUGGUGACCCUUGCCGAUCUACUACGCUUCAUGCUCGACCUCAAAUCUCGUCUUCCAAAAGAGAGUGUUUUGCAUACACACAACCCUGGGAUAUUGGUUGAAAAUUCUUGUAGAUGGUCUCCUAAGCGUAUUGAGAUGGCUGCUCGGGUUAUCGUUGAAUCCCUAAAGAAAGCUAAAUUCAGAUGGGUUUCAAGGCAAGAAGUUCGUGAUGCUGCCCGUUCAUAUGUUGGUGACACGGGUUUGUUGGAUUUUGUGCUCAAAUCUUUAGGGAACCAUGUCGUUGGGAAGUACUUGGUCCGUCGCUGCCUGAAUCCAGUAACCAAAGUUUUAGAGUACUGCUUAGAAGACAUUUCUAACACUUUACCUAAUCAAGAAGAGUCUGUUACAAAUGAUUCCAAGUUGAAGGCUCGGUGCAAAAUCUCUAGGGCUCAACUCAUGAAUGACAUGUUCUACAUCUACAGGCAUGUCCUCAAGGGACAAAAGAAAGACAUGGAUAGCACGAUAACAUCCACCAUUUCGCUGGCAGCAAGAAUAGUCCUUGAUUCCAAGUACUUUAUUAAAGAUUACAAUGGGGAGAUAUGUUCGAAAGCUGAAGUAGAAGCAGGUGAAAAAUCGAAACUUUAUUGUGCCAUUGCGAUACAAGACAAGGGCAAGAUAGAUGGCCACGAAGAAGGUGAAAAAAAGCUAUUUACUACACCAUACGAGACCAUCAUGUUAAGAAACAAUGCAACAUUCGACGAGCUCAUAGAGGAAGUUGAGAAAAACUUUAAGGAGAUAUAUUGGGGAUUAAAGAGCUUCAUGUUUGGGUCUAUAAUCAACUUAAACCCCAAAAGAUCUGAUCAGGUGUUCAAGGUAACCAAAACUAGUAGCAAACUUGUUUUCCAAGGCAAACUGGAUGAAACUGGAACUAACCAUGAAGGCAUAUACGAAAGUGGGUCGAGACAACGUUUCGUUGUGGAUUGUGGCUGUGGAGCAAAAGAUGACGAUGGUGAACGAAUGGUGGCUUGUGAUAUUUGUGAAGUUUGGCAGCACACAAGGUGUUUAAAGAUUCCAAACAACGAAGAAACUCCAAAUAUUUAUGUUUGCAGCAGAUGCGAACAAGACAUUCUAGUGCUACCAGCACUGCCGUAG